AUAAUCAAGAAAGAAUCGAAGCCGCGCUUGAUCAGAUGAGUGCUCCUACUGUAAGAAUUUGACUGGGUGGCAGUAGACAAGAAAGACACGGAGAAUAAGGUGGCCGAUCACCUGAGCCGAAUUAUGCAAGAGGAUAACGGGGAAGCUAUCUCUGACGCAGCUGGGCAGCUUGAGUAGAGGUGGGCUUGGUUGGAGAGUGGCACGCUUCCCAAGUAGUUUUUGCAAUAUUUUAGCGAAAUAUAUUGGGAUACAAUUUUAGAGAGAGAAAGUUUCGGGGACCAACGAGGGGGUCGAAUCGCAGCAUCAUUUCAAAUCAAAAUCACACGCAGUUACACGCACUGACCUAUACAUACACGUGUUUGUAUGUAUACUUUCAUCUUCAUUGCCAUGCUGUAGCGGGAAUGCCUCUGAUAGAGUCAGGUGCUAUAGGGCAAAAUAUGCAAUCAUUGCCUUCGAGUUGAGUUACCUUGUGCCAUCAGAGGCAAAACCCUAGGAGCCGAGGGGGCCUAUUUUGCGAGCCCCAAGCUGCAAUUCGCUCAUGUUCAAUCGCAAUUGAGGAUUUUGCUUUUGGUCUUGAGUUCAUGGAGGCAGUAAUCUGUAGCUUUUGAACUGGGGGAUGCAUGGAUGUGACUCACCGUCUGUUCUCUUGGUAAAUGCCGAAGUUGAGUCUAUGGGAGGAGUUGUGGAAGGUGGAGUUGCUAUUGCUCACAAAACCUCUCCCAGACGAUUAGCAAUUGAAAGGAUCCAAGGAGAGCUCAGGCAAGAGUAUAAUGUCCGGGAUGAAACAAAAAGAGAAUUGGAAUUUCUUGAAAAAGGUGGGAAUCCAUUAGAUUUACUUAAGCCUGGAGAUGCUGCUUCAGUUAGUGUCCAGUCAACUUCAUUGACCAAUCAACAUCAGGAUCACUUUGUUACCAGUGAAGCAAAAGGCAGUUUUGAGUUUACUGCAUCACCCCAUGGAGACUCUGUGGAGAGUAGUGGUAGACUCGGGGCUAAUUCUUGUGAACCCAAUAGUGCUGAUAAUCUCAUGCUAUUUGAUGGUGAGCAUGAGUGCAAUAAGAUUUCAUUAGAUCCUAGUAGUAAUGAAGUUGUUCUACCAGAAAAUUUAUCUCACAUAGAUGGGAGUAGGACUCGGGAACAUGGUGAACCAGCUGCUUUUAGUGUACCUAGGAAAGCAUAUAAGAGAAGGAAUAGGUCUCGACCAAAUCGUGAUGGGAUUAGGUUGAGUUCAAUUGAUGUAAAUACAAGUCAUGGCAGUGAUGUCUCUUCUCUACCUUCUCGUCAUGGAAAGGAGCUUAAAGGAAAAAUAUCUGAAGCAGAAAUUCGGAAUAUAUCAAAGAAUUGUGAUUCAAAGCCUAUAUGUGCUAAAGACGGUGGCAAAGCUGGACUGGUGGACACACAACAGGAUAUGGAGUUAGGGGAUGGAAAGGCUGAAGAGUCAUCUAAAAAGCCACUUGAAUGUAUUCUUGUGGAGGAUUCUGCAUCAGAGAAUAUUGCUUCUAAGGUCCCUCUGGAUGAUCAAUGUAAUCAACAAUCACACUCGGGUGCUCUAGAAACUUGUAUUCAAAUAACUUUUGAUGGAUCUCAGGCCUUACAUGCAAUGGAAGAGAUGCGUUCUGCAGUCAUUGAAUGUCAGCAAAUUGAGUCUGCCAAUAAAACUGAAAAUGAAUCUAGUUCCUGUCAAAUCAAUGGUAGCAGCAGUGAAAAGGAUGGAACAAAAUCUGAUCCUCAAAACACAACUGACUUGUGCGACAUGAAGGUUUUGGAUUCUUCAUUAUCUUAUGCACAAACCAGCAAAAGUAUUGAUGGAAACAAUGAUGGUGAUAUAUGUAAGAAAAUUACAAAUGUCAAUGUAAAUGGGCUGAACAAAGAUCAGACCUCAUCCCCAGACGGAACAAUAUUGGUAGAAAGUGAUGAGCUUGUUGGAAUGCAACAGACAGGAGGUGUUGGUGGUUGUGCUCUUGACAACCUGGAGAGCUCCUCAGCAUGUUUAAUGCAGAAAGAGAAUGGCUUUAAAUGGAAACAUGAAGAUUUGAAUGAAAGUGAAUCUUCUAUGAAGAAUGAGGUGAAAAAUCAAAUUGUUAAUGAAUCAAUGGAACCUUCUGAACCAAGGGGGCCAGAUUCAGAAAAAAAAACUAAUCCUGCUUUGGAUGGAAAUCUUGGACUGGGUGGCGAGAUUCCAUGCGCAGUUAAGAAUCAACAUUCUGUUGAUAUUUCAACUUCUGAUUUCCUGAAUGGUGGAUCUUUGACUAAGAAUUCUACUAUUUCCCUUGAGGCCCAAACUUCUCCCUGUUCAAAUUCAAAACUACAGCCAGAAAUUGAUGAAGAUUCAAUCUUGAAAGAAGCACUAAUUAUCGAGGCAAAACGGAAGAGGAUAGCACAGUUAUCUGAUGUGACUUCUGUGAGAAAAAUACGUCCAAAAUCUCGUUGGGAUUAUGUGCUUGAAGAGAUGGCAUGGUUAGCUAAUGAUUUUGCUCAGGAGCGUGCCUGGAAAAUAGCUGCUGCAGCUCAAAUAACUUCUCAAGCUGCUUUUGCUUGUCAGUUGAGAAAACAUGAGAGCAAUUUUGGUAUGGAGGCCAAAAAAGUUGCUCAUACCUUGGCAAAAUCUAUCAUGGAGUUCUGGCAUUCGGUUGAGGCAAAGACAGUGAUACCCGAGAAGGAAAAUAAAAGGGAUGAUACCCUUGCUGUUAAGGCUUAUGCAGUGAGAUUUUUGAAACAUAACAAUUUCAACGUUAUUGAUAACAAAGCUGAGGAACCACUGAUUCCAGAUAGAGUAUCUGACAUGGGGAUUCUUGGGGAGGAUAGUUUAACAGAGAAAAAUCUCUUCUAUACAGUCCCUGUUGGGGCCAUGGAGACCUAUAGACUCUCAAUAAUAUCACAGUUUGCACGGUGUGAGAACAUAGUAAAAAUUGCCCAAGAGGAAGUGGAAACAUUUGAAUAUGAUGCCAAUGCAGACUUUGAGGCUCACCAUAUUCCAUAUGAUGACGACGAGGGGGACAUAAGCCUAUAUGACAUGCCAAUGACCUAUCACAGUAGCAAGUGCUCACGAUUUGGCCAAAAGAAGCGUAAACACUUGAUACAUGCUUAUGGGGUGAGAUCGUAUGAAGUAAGCUCUGACAUUUUGCCAAUGCAAUAUGCUGAAAAUAAAGUUGUCGAUCAACCAACUGCUUUGAUGGUGAAGCGUCCAGGUGGCAGUCUUAAUGUUUCAAUCCCAACAAAACGUGUCCGGACUGCUUCCAGGAGAGUUAUCAGCCCAUUUAGUGCAGGAACCUCUGGAUGCAUUCAGGUACCUAAUAGAACAGAUGCUUCGAGUGGUGAUACAGAUUCAUUUCAGGAUGAACAGUCAACUCUGCGUGACGGAUCAUUUGUUCCAAAUAGCUUGGAAGUUGAGUCCAGUGGGGACUUCAAUAAUCAAUUACCGUUUCACUCGGCAGAAGUCCUGACAAAACAUAAGAAAAAGAAGAAACCCAAGCAUCUGAAUGCUUCUUACGAACCAAGAUGGCAGGUUGAUCCUACCUUCCAAAUGGAGCAGUUUCAGAGGGAUAACUUAAAGAAAAGGCAUCAACUGGAGUCUAAUGGUAACAGUGGUUUAUAUGGUCAACCUGUGAUAAAGAAACCAAAGAUUAUGCGUCCAUCACAAGAGAACUCUUUUGAGAAUAUUGCUCCUUCCCCAGCAGCCUCCCAAAUGAGUAACAUGUCUAAUCCAAAUAAAUUUAUUAAACUGCUUGGUAGUCGGGAUCGGGGUAGAAAGACAAAGAUUCUGAAGGUGCCUACUGGGCAGUUGGGUUCAGGAAGCCCAUGGACGCUCUUCGAGGACCAGGCACUUGUUGUCCUGGCACAUGACUUGGGCCCAAACUGGGAGCUUGUUAGCGAUGCUAUAAACAGUACUCUACAGUUCAAGUGCAUAUUUCGCAAAGCUAAAGAAUGCAAGGAGCGACACAAUGUUUUGAUGGAUAGAACUUCUGUUGAUGGAGCAGAUAGUGCUGAAGACUCAGGGUCUUCUCAACCUUAUCCUUCUACAUUGCCUGGCAUUCCCAAGGGAAGCGCCAGACAGCUGUUUCAACGUUUGCCCCUCAAAUCUCACUUUGAGAAAAUCAUCGUAAUUGGGAAGAAACAACAAUACUGUAAAAACCAGAAUAACAAUCAGGAUCCCAAACAACUCCAGCAACCUCAUGGCUCUCAUGCGGUUGCACUAUCCCAAGUCUGUCCAAACAACCUGAAUGGAGCCCCUGUUCUCACCCCUCUGGAUAUCUGUGAUGCCACUGUUACUGGCCCAGACAUACUUCCUAUUGGUAAUCAAGGGCCACAUCCUGGUGGAUUACCCAUUGCAAAUCAGGGCCCUGUAACCCCGUUGCAUCAUUCAUCUGGUGCUGCUUCUGCACUGCAAGGAUCACCAAAUAUGACGCAUGGCAAUAACUUUUCAUCUUCACCAGGCUCUAUGAGUUAUAUGCUUUCAUGUAGGGAUGGUAGAUCUGUUGUUCCUAGACCUGCUUUAGCCGAUGAACAGCAGAGAAUGCAGCAGUAUAACCAUAUGAUGACUAAUAGGAAUGUGCCUCAGCCUAAUCUCUCUCCUUCUGGAGUUGUUCCAGGAGCUGAUCGUGGUACCCAUUUACUUCCUGGUGGCAAUGGCAUGGGUUUACCCUGCGGUAUUAAUAGAAGCAUGCCAAUGGCAAGGCCUGGGUUCCAAGCCAUUGCUUCAUCCUCCAUAGUUAACUCUGGGAGUAUGGUUUCCCCUGGUAUAUCAUCAGCAAAUGUGCACUCUGGAGUAGGCACUGGUAAAGGAAAUUCCAUUUUGAGACCUCGUGAACCUAUGCACAUGAUGCGGCCUGGCCUGAGUCGGGAUUCACAGAGGAAAAUGGCACCUGAGCUUCAAAUGCAGGCGUCACCAGGAAACAGCCAAGUUCCUCACUUUGGUGGAUUGAGUUCAGACUUCUCUAAUCAGACUCUGUCUCCUCCAGUAUCAUCAUACCCUCUCCAUCAUCAGCCGUCCCAUCCAGUAUCACCUCAGCCUCAAGUCCUUAGUCCUCAUCACCCACAUUUUCAAGGACCCACUAAUCAUGCCCCAAAUCCCCAACAGCAAGCCUAUGCAAUUCGCAUGGCUAAAGAGAGACAACAUCGUCUUCUGCAACAGCAGCAGCAGCUGCAGCACCCAGUACCUCCACAGCAGCCACAGUUUGCUGUAUCUAGUUCUAUGAUGCCACAUUCUCAACUCCCUAUAUCACCUACAGUACAAAAUAGUCCACAAGUUCAACCCCAAACAGCUACACAACCUGUAUCACUUUCUCCAUUGGCUGCAGUUUCUUCAAUGCCCCAGCAUCAGCAAAAGCAUCAAUUACCAAGUCAAGUAGGUGUACGGAAUGCUCAAGCUGGUGGGAGCGGGCUAGCUAAUCUGACUGCCAAGCAACGACAAAGGCAGCAACAGAAGAUUUCGCAAGCUAACAGACAACAUCCUCAGCAGCGGCAGCAGUCACAGGCUCAACAGCCAGCUAAGAUUGCCAAAGGAAUUGGGAGAGGUAGCCUGAUGAUGCAUCAGAACGUCCCAGUUGAUCCUUCAUUAGGAAAUGGGGUUUCCACGAGUCCUGGGAAUCAGAGUUCCGAUAAAGGAGAUGCAUCCACUCAUUUAAUGUCCAAUCAGGGCUCAUUUGCCAAUUCUGCACUAAAUACUGUGCAGCCAGGCCCAACAGGGCAUUUUGUGUCUCCACGUCCACCUAACAAGUCCCUUACUCAGCAAAAGAAUUAUCCUGGACACGCUGCUUCAUCCACCAAGCACCUAUAUCAAAUGUCUUCUCUGCCUGAUAGUAGUAGUCAAGGUCAUGUUCCAGCUGUGCCUUCGGCCAUGUCUAGUUCAAACCACCAACAGACAAUAUCCCACCAGAAGCUAGUGAACCAAAACCAAUUAGCACUUCAAAGACUGCAGCCAAAUCGCCCGACAAAUACUGAUCCAGCAAAACCACAUACAGUAAAUUCUGAUGCUGAUCAGCACCUGACGAGCAGCUCUAGUAAGAUGCUUGCCACAACAACGUUACCUCAGACCGCAAGUAAUGGAACUAACUUUGCAACAAUUCCCUCUUCGGCCAAUACUCAUCAAUGGCAUGCUUCAGAACAAUUAUUGGAUGGACAUGCAACAGAACAAUCAUUGGAUGGACAUUCUACAAAUAUGAGUCGCAUGGUAUCAAUGCCAGCAAAUGCUUGUGAUUCUGUCCCUCAGGUAGGGCAAGAGCUGGGCCAGAGGCCAUUGGCCAGCUUACCAUCUAGUAAACACGAUGUUAGUGCACACUUCCAGCAGCAUCAGCAGUUGUCACAACUUCCUCAUCCUAAUUCACCGGCGCCCCACUGGCCUCUACCACCUCUACAUUCUCAGCAGGGACAGCUUGUUCAAGCUGGUAAAGGUGAUUUGUAUGGUCGGCCCAAUGACCAAAGUUUGGAAUGAAGAUGAGCCAACAUAAUGUGUGGUGAUGAUAGUGCUGCUCAUGUUUGGUCGGCUUACUCUUACACACCAGUGUACAGUGCUAAUUUGGACCUGCAAUUUCUUCAGUGAAGCUUGCACCUGUGGUUCUGUAAGGGCACAGGAUAAUCUGACACGUUAAUGAAAUCUAAGAGCUCUACAAACAGAUCCCGGGGUGCUCAAAUUUUUGGGGACAUUGUAUAUGAGGAGUGCCCCGAGGGCUUCGGGAGGAUAGAGACGGAUAGUAGAGGUAGGUGUACAGAGCUUCGUCUCUCGUUUUGUUACCUUUUUGUCUUAUGCCCCCUCUAAUGUUAUUGUGGUGAGGUAGGGUAGGGGCCAUAAUUGUUUGCCCGUAGGGCCGUUGUCAUUGUUGUGGCGGAAGGCUAUGGGAAUAUUGAUUAGUGUUGUGCAUAAAACACACUCUAGGAAACAUUCCUUGAAAUAGUGGUCCAUGCCAUUCCCUGUAUAUUGCUGUUGUAUUCUGUCCCAGAUUUGAACAAAUGAGAAAUCAAAAGAUAUGCACAUGCUCUUUUUACUCA